AUGGAUCUCUACGAGAUCCAAGGUCGAAUGACCAUCCUCCUUCACGAGGCCUCGCAUACCUUCCAGAAGGUCCCAGGGUCCGCGGUCCUGAUUCGAUAUGUCCAGGCCAGCUACCAGAAUGACCCAAUUCGUUCCGUCUUCGAGCUCUUCCUUCUCAUCUUCUUCAUCCGCUACCUCUUGUCGCCCUCUUACCCCAUCAACGAGUCCAACUACGUCAAGCUGAGCGAGGAUGAGAUCGAGGAACUCGUCGACGAGUGGCAGCCUGAGCCCCUGGUGGCUCAGCAGACGCCCCUCGAGGAGAUGGAGAUGGAGAAGUUGCCAGUCAUAAUCGGACCGACCGGUCCCAAGUCGAAACUGGCCAACGGCCGCACAGUCACAAACCUUGCCUCAUACAACUUUUACAAUUUCAACUCCAACGAACAGAUCAAGGAGAAGGCUAUCACCACACUGCGCACCUAUGGCGUCGGGCCAUGUGGCCCGCCCAACUUCUACGGCACUCAGGAUGUCCACCUGAAGACCGAGGCAGACAUAGCAGCGUACGUGGGCACCGAGUCCGCCAUCUUGUACGCCCAGGGCUUCUCGGUCAUGUCGAGUGUCAUACCCACCUUCUGCAAGAGAGGCGACGUCAUCGUGACGGACAGGAUGGCCAAUUACUCUGUCCGCAAGGGCCUCGAGCUUGCCCGGUGUACUGUCAAGUGGUUCGACCGCGGAGACAUGGAUGGCCUUGAGGAGGCCAUGAAGCAGGUUGCACAGGAGCAGGCUAAGCAAAAGAAACUGACUAGAAGGUUCAUCGUGGCCGAGGGUCUGUCGGAGGUCACCGGUGACUCUAUUGACCUCCCAAAAAUGCUAAUAUUGACCGGCCAGAUCGAGCUCAAGGAGAAGUACAAGUUCCGCAUUAUCCUCGACGAGUCCUGGUCCCUGGGCGUUCUCGGCCGAACAGGCCGCGGCGUCACCGAGGCGCAGAAUGUCGACCCAUCCCAGGUAGACAUGAUCAUUGGCUCCCUCGCUGCGUCUCUUUGUGCUGGCGGUGGUUUCUGCGCAGGAUCCAAGGAUGUUGUGGGUCAUCAGCGCAUCACCUCGUCGGCGUACUGUUACUCUGCGGCCCUACCAGCGAUGUCGGCCGUGACGGCCAGCGAAACAAUCAAUAUUUUGCAGAACAACCCUGAGGUGCUCAGCACACUUCGCGAGAACAUCCGCGCAAUGAGGGCACAGCUGGAUCCCCGGAGCGACUGGGUCACGUGCACGAGCGCACCAGAGAAUCCCAUUCUGCUCUUGGCGAUCAAGCCCAACGUGGUGCAAUCCAGGCGAAUGUCUUUCGAGGAUCAGGACCGGGUCCUACAGGAGUUCGUCGAUGAGGCUCUGGCAAAUGGCGUGAUGAUCACACGGCUAAAGACGACGCUGAUCAACAAGAGCAUCGGCGGCGGCGACGCACAGCCAAAACUCAAGGUCUGCGUUACGUCGGGCCUGUCCAAAAAGGAGAUUGAGAAGGCAGGCAUCAUCAUCCGGCACGCUAUCACGAAGGUCAUGACGAGGAAGACGAGCAGCAAGCUGUCCCUGCCUACUGCAUGACCUUGCUCUUCCCUGGAAAUACGCGUGGCUUGUUUGUGUAUACACCAAUAGACGCAUCACCUUCUCGCUCAAUCACGAGGAGCUGGCAAGAGAAAAGUUUCACCGAAAUGAAUAGAUGGCGGGGUGCGGAUGGACGAUGGGAUGGACACGAACACAGCCCCCCCUAUCGAGGAUGCCAAAGCUAGACGCGCACCAUCACAAUUUGGGAUGUGCUUACGACAUUGAUAUCGGACGUCACGGGGUGGUCCGGGCAAUUUUACAAACUAUAAGAUAUUUUACCCUAAUGAUUAAUAUGAGUUACUUACCAUUCCC